CACCGAAACAGCGCACAGUUUGACCAAAGCACCCCCGGCUCCUACGAUUCCCUCAGAUCCACGCCCUCGCCGUCCUGCGCCUCCUCGAACCGAAUCCAAUCGAAUCGAUUCCCCCGCGCCGGCUGCGCGUCGCCGAUCGGGGUGGUCUGGUGGGAGCGCGAUGGCUGCGCCGCCGGCGAGAGCUCGCGCCGACUACGACUACCUCGUCAAGCUGCUCCUGAUCGGCGACAGCGGUGUUGGCAAGAGUUGCCUUCUGCUGCGGUUCUCAGAUGGCUCCUUCACUACUAGUUUUAUUACUACAAUUGGCAUCGACUUUAAGAUAAGAACGAUUGAACUGGAUGGCAAGCGCAUUAAAUUGCAAAUUUGGGACACAGCUGGUCAAGAGCGAUUCAGGACUAUCACCACAGCAUACUACCGAGGAGCCAUGGGUAUCUUGCUUGUUUAUGAUGUCACCGAUGAGUCAUCUUUCAACAAUAUACGGAACUGGAUUCGCAACAUUGAGCAGCAUGCCUCUGAUAAUGUGAAUAAAAUUUUGGUAGGCAACAAGGCUGACAUGGAUGAGAGUAAAAGGGCUGUUCCUACUGCAAAGGGACAAGCACUAGCUGAUGAAUACGGCAUCAAGUUUUUUGAAACUAGUGCCAAGACUAACCUUAAUGUGGAGCAAGUUUUCUUCUCCAUUGCCCGAGACAUUAAGCAGAGACUUGCUGAGACUGAUUCCAAGCCUGAGGACCGGGUAGUCAAUAUUAGGCCAGAUCAAGGUGCUGAGACCCCAGCAUCUCAAAGAUCUGCCUGCUGCGGCUCCUGAGGGAUGCUUGAUCUUUAUUAUCAUGAACUAUUGACUUUAUUUUUUGCUGUUUGCUUGAUAUGAUAGUACAAUGUCGAGAAGAUAAUCAUGAUGUUUUUGUUCUUGCCAUUCCUUGCAGCAACUACUCUUGCUAUUUAAUUUAGUAUGGCAAUUUCCAGGGGUUACUGCAUGCUGUAUCUACCUCUCGCAAUGCCGUGUAAUGGAAUUCAAAUCAUUGCAUCUUUCAGUUUAUCAAUCUAUUGGCGUAA